AUGUCGGCUGGAAUCGGUCAUCAUAGCCUCAUGGGAGGUACUCCUCAUCAAGUUCCUGGACCAAGAACCCAGGGGGCAGCAACUGGUGGUCAACAACUUUCAGCGACAGCUAAUCAAUUUGUGGACAAAAUUGACCCAUUCAGCAAGCGAGGUACGAGUAGGAGAAGAAGAAUUGUCAACAGCAGCAGAUACCACACUGAAAAUGAACCUGAAUUGGUUCAGCUUCCAUUGAUUAAAGAUACUCCGCCGAACGAACAACCAUCUCUUGUUCUUCAAAAGCUGGUUCAGUGCCAAAAAAUCUUUGACUUCUACGAUCCAGUUGCGCAACUGAAGAGUAAAGAGGUGAUCAGAAUGGUUUCGAAGAAUAUAUUCCGUGUGUUACCUCCGUCAGACAAUUCCGAAUUUGAUCCUGAAGAAGAUGAACCAACGCUGGAAGUGUCGUGGCCACAUCUACAGGUUCAGCUUUGCCUUACAUUUCUUGUAAAACGCCUUAUCCUUACAGAAAAACUGGGUCGCAUUUGA